UUGCCGUACAACAACAACAGAAAUGGCGUCUUCCCAGGAUGUCCACGUCCGUAUUUGUGGACAAGAAAUAAUCAAAUAUGAUCUCGAAAUUAAAGCUCUCAUUCAGGACAUUAGAGAAUGUCCGGGGCCACAAAGUGUGCUGAUGGAUUUCAACUCCAAAGUAAAAGAGAAAUUAAAUCAACUGCGACUGAGAAUCCAGAAUAUGGAACAAAUGGCUAAGGAACAAGACAGAGAGACAGACAAACAAGCCAUCCUGAGUGAGACAGAGAGUCAUCGCAGACAGAAUCUGAGUAACCAGACAGCUUGGAGGAAAGCAAACUUGGCAUGUAAACUGUCCAUUGACAACCUUGAGAAAGAUCAACUUCUGAAUGUUGGAGACUCUACUGUGAGACAGCGGAAAGCAACUAAGGAGAGUCUGGUCCAGACGUCUGGUGACAUCACAGAGAGCCUGAUGAGCAUCAGUCGUAUGAUGGCCCAGUCGGUGUCUCAGAGUGAAGAGACCAUCGGCACUCUGGCUACAUCUUCAAGAACAGUCCUGGAAACGGAUGAAGAGUUCAAAUCCAUGACAGGAACCAUACAUUUGGGAAGGAAACUGAUCUCGAAGUAUAAUCGACGAGAAUUGACUGACAAACUACUAAUCUUUCUAGCAGUAGCUUUGUUUUUAGCCACUGUCUUGUACAUUUUGAAAAAAAGGCUGUUCCCAUUCAUUUAGAGGAAAUUGUAAGCAAUUGCCAGUUUUGUCCUUUGAUAUUACUCCCCAAAACGACAUCUGUAAUGUCACUGCAGUCAUGCUGCAUUUCUAACCUUUCAAUGUCUUUCUUGCCCUACUACUGCCUUGUGCAUGGCCAUUUUGCAUCUUCAAAACUGUCUGACAUGCAUUAUCUAAUACCACAGAGGAAUGACCUUUAAUGGUAAACUCACCGCAGAUGUUGAGAUGAGCGUGAUGAAAGGACUGCUCAGAGUAUCUUGAGCAUGUGCACAGGUGCGCUUCACGCUGCUACGAAAUGGAAGCUACAGGACCAAAACAGAGAAGUUUAGCCUUGCGGAAAUGGAUCCACUUUGUCUUUACUUCGUGCAUGCAACAUCUCGUUGAGUAUCUUUACUGGCAGGAAUGAUUUUUUUAUUCCAUUACCUUAUUCUUACUGUAUAGUAUACCUCAAAUAUACACCCUGGUGUUAGUACAUACGAGGAAAUGACAAUGGUUAUUGUAUAUCUGAAACAGUAUAAUAAAGUUUGGACGUAAUGUCUGCCAAUAGUUUUUGGAUAGAGAACAUUACAUAUGGCUAAACGCACCAAAGGAGACUGCGUGUGUGUAAUUUGAGAAUACAUUUUUGAAUUAUGACUCAAUUGAAGCGGAGCGUGCGGGUUUUCCACUUUGACUCCUCGCUCAAUUAAGUCUAUUGUAAAGUUUUAAUCGCUGGUGCUGUUAGUCACAAUAAAAUGUGGUCAAUUAUUUCACUUUUUUUGGAAGAGGUAGCUAAGGGUUGAGGCUUUACCAUACAUGGUAAAUUAGACCAAUUCAUCCACUUAUGGAAACAUCGCAAUCCUGCUCUGCCUGUCCCGUCCUUUCCACCCGUCUCGCUCUGCUUGCUCCACCUUGUUCUGGUAAGUUAUUUUCAUUAUUGUAGGAAAUUGAGUUUGAAGUUGAAAAACUAUUGAAUAAACAAAUAUUUCGUGUCUUGUA